AUGAAGGCUCAAUCGAACGUGUUUGGGUCCCCUUCCCUCAGAGUGUACACUUCAAAGCGCCUUCCUCCCCCUGCAUCUACUUCUUCUUUUGAUCAUCUCUGCUUCCCAGUCUUCCUGUCGACUCUCUUGUGUUCCAUCAUCAACAGCAAGCACACCAUCAUGUCGGUCAUCAAGGCUCCUCCCUCUCCGAGCUCCGAGACAUCCAUCAAACAGACACCCUCGAAGGUUGACACGUCGAACACUACCAAAGCUGACAUUCAAACCCAAGGCAAAGCCGACGGAAAACCGUUCGCUCAUCGGGUCCGAAGAUGGUGGGAGAUGGUGCUGCCCGAAGACAAGUCCAUCGCAGCCAACGCCGAAGCUUACCUCCAGGAUACGUCAAAGCCCUGGUCCCAAGAGGGCUUCCAGCAUGUUCUCACACCGUCCAAAAAGUGGCGAAAAUGCUCAUUCGGAACUUCUUGCUUGACUGAAGACGUUCAAGAUGAGAUCAUCCUUGCCAUCCUCAAGCGAAUCCGCGCAGCACCCGAGCCCAACAUUCUCACCCAGCCCAUCGUUCAUUUUGACGGCCACCAGGUCUACGUCUCCCUGCUCACCACUCAAGCUCUUCUGCACCUGUGGCAGUGCCCACCGAUCUUUCGCGACCACCCGAUGGAGUUCGUCUCAAAGGGCCUCUUCUACGAGAACCCAAAGAUAUCUCAUUUCAAGCAAGGCACUGCAAUGAGCAAAGACCUCUUUGUCGAGCAGUUCAGGAAGCAGUAUAAGCCUCAUUUUGCGGUCAAAUCAACCGACAGUGGUCUUCGGGUCGCCUGUGCUCGGUUCUACGAGGUCAGCGGUAUCCCAGGCGGACCGGUGUUCUCGGGUGAGGUGUUGAUGUUCAGUAACGAGCUAGACACUGCCGAGGUUCACAAGCCUUUCUUCGUGAAAGCCAGCACUGUAGACAUGUUUUCUUUCUCCCGGCCUAGCAAGAUCAGGGCAGCCGAGGUCACCUCUCCUGAUAUGUAG